AUGGCACAGCCAGAGACACUCGUACCAGCGUCCACAAGCGGGCUGGGCUACACCUCAGGAUCGGCGCCGGCUGCUUCCCCCGCAUCGGCGGUGCGCACAAGGACUGCCGACGAGCUGGAAAUCCGUCUCGAGUUUGGCGGCGGCUUGCACCUCAUCUUCUCUCAGCAGCCGAAGCACACCAUCUUUCUGCCGCGCACCACGCCCGGCGCCGACGCUCGCCCGGCCGACAUCCGCUACCUCAUCGCGUACAUGAAGGACAACCUCGUCAGCGAGCGCGAGGACAUGUUUGUGGACGGCGAGGGCGUCCGCCCCGGUAUCCUGGUGCUCAUCAACGACGCCGACUGGGAGCUCGAGGGCGAGCUCGACUACGUCCUCCAGGACCGGGACGAGAUUGUCUUCAUCUCGACACUGCAUGGUGGAUAG